AUGUCAUCUGAAACUUAUGCUGGAGUAAUACAAUCAAAUGAAAACCAAUUAUUAGCACCAGAACUUGAAGAACAAUGUCUCCAUUUUUUAUCCAAGAAUAUGUGGGGUAUGUUGUGCGAAUUGUUGAAAGAGAAUGAGUCCAACCAGGAGGCCAUAGUCAAAUUUAUGGAUAGUUUGUUAGAUGGUGAAUAUGAAGCCAAUGUUCUCAGACGGCAUCCUAAUUUACAUUUCAAAGACACUAGGAGCAUAAUAAAAAAAUGGCUGUGGAAAAUAUUAAAAAUGUAUAAAUUCCCAAAAGGAAUUUGUCCAAAUUUGUUGUCCUCCCACAGAAUGGGUUUUAUCUCACAUACAUUCCAUCAGUACCAAAGACAGCAAACUAGUCAUUACAAUUGGAGAGAACUUGUUUUGCAUACUGCUGGAAACUGCAAACGGACUCAGAGGCGAGUUGUAAAUAUGCUGCUUGGUUUAGGAAUGAUUCAAGAAGCUGCUCGGUUUGCCAAUGACUUCCAGUUUGAUGAUGAUGAAUUUACAAGUGAACUGCAGAAGGAAAGACAAAACUACAGUGAGAAACCCAAGGAGGAUUUUGUGGAGGAGGUGCUUUGGAGUUUAGCUGAUGAACUGGACAAAGGUGAACCUGAAAAUAUUGCUAAUCCGUUCCACACAUUCCCAUACCCUAGGCCAGCUAUAAAGUUACUUAACAACAAACAAGAGUUUUUGAACUGUGUUAGUCAUUUAUCACAACCAGGGUUAGUGGUUGGUGUUGACACUGAAUGGCAAACUUUGUUUGAUUGUACAAUGGAUAAAGAUUGUAUUGCCCUGAUCCAGUUGGCCACUUUAGACACUGUGUACAUUCUUGAUGUAAUUAGUUUAAUUACCCUCCUUUCAUCUGAUGAUUGGAUUCACUUUUUUCAUCAAGUCUUUUGUAAUGACAAUGUCAUCAAAUUAGGUUAUGGUUUGUCACAAGACUUUAAAAUUUUAAAGCAUACAUUUCCUUACAUCAACACUGAGGAGUUUGUACAAAUUAUUGACCUACAGAACACAAUGGAUAAGAAAGUGUGUGGCCAAAACAAAAAUGAUGCUAAAGACAUAAUAAGGAAAAGAAAGCAUAAAGGCCUCAGUGGACUAACUGAAGACUAUUUGUUUAAACCCUUGGAUAAAACUUACCAAGUAUCCUGUUGGUCAAAACGUCCAUUAUGUAAAUCACAGGUUCUUUAUGCAGCCUUAGAUGCCUUUGUAUUGCUGCAAUUGUAUGAAAUAGCCUUGGAAAAAAAAAUUGAUUUAAGUACAGAAAAUACAAGUCAAUCUUCAUCUACAACAUUAGAGCAAAUGUUUCCAAAUGAUGUGGAUUGUGACAAGAAAAUGGACAUGGAGUCCACAACAUGUGAUAAGGAAGAAACCAGUUGUGAUUUUGACUACAACAAUAGUAGCAGUAGUCAAUGUUCACUUUCAUCCGGCCAGCACAAUGUUCCUGCCAUUUCUCCUCACAGUUUACGUGUCAUUGUUGAUACCAUGUUACAAGGGUUGGGAUGGAGUCUCCGCAGUGUUGGAGUUGACACUCUCAUCUUGAAAAAUGGUCAAAGCCAUAAAGAUGCCAUUGCUUUGGCAAUCCGGGAGAAUCGUGUUGUUCUGACUUCAGGCAAAGUAUAUCAAAUGUUCUGUGCCAGACUUGGAGAAGACAACUGUUACUGUGUAGCAAACAACAAAGCCAAGAAACAAUUACAAGAUGUUUUGGAACAUUUCAAUGUAAGAGUCCAGAAACAAGAUAUCUUGAGCAGGUGCCAGCUCUGCAAUUCAAAGACAUUCAUCUUAGUUGAAUCAGAAAAAAUGCGAAUUCUAAAAGAAGUUAAAUCUCAACAACAAAAAUGUUCACCAGACAAGGCGUGGUCUUCCAAUCCAAAUGGUUUUGGGAGCCCAGAGUUCAUUCCUGAUCCUGAUGUAUCUGCUUGCAAAUUAAUGCCCAUAUUGAAAGAUGUCAGUGUCAGAAGUGGUCCAAUUGUGGAGGAUGAGCAUUUCAUUGACAUGAACACCGCCAUCUUUCGCAACAGUGGUGUACCCAUCCAGUUGGAAUAUAUACCAGAUUGUUUAUUUGAUGAGAACAAACUGUUUUACUGCUGUGUCAGUUGUGGCAAGGUAUACUGGGAUGGCUGCCAUUAUGAGCGUGUGAUUAAUCAGCUCAAUGGAUUGAUCCCUUUACACAAUGACAACAAACAAGACCCAAGUAUUUAUGACAUCCUCCUCCAAACCAACACCCAUUCUACUGAACCGCCUGUAAUCAACCAACUCUCAUAA